AUGUAAAAUCAGAAUUUCAUGCCUGUUCUUAUUUACUCUUAACCUGGAGCAUAUCCCCAAUAUUAUCCCAUGUACUACAUGUCAUAUAUGCCUAACUAUUUGAUAUAACCUCAAUACCAAAGCUCUUAAGAACCUGAAAUAAAACAAAUAAUCUCAAAAUCCAGUGAUUAAAGUUCUUUUUCUAACCAUAACUUUGAUUCAAACAAUCUAUUAAACUCUGAAUUGAUAAAACAAAAUAAAAAUGAAACCGCAGUUGAAAAUAAUGAAGAAAAUUACACUAAUACAGAAUCAAAUAAACCGAAAUAAAAAACUGGAAAAAAGAAGAUUAAUCUCUUACAAAAAUCUACAAAUAUUUAAAAAAACUAUGCUAAGGCAAUCGUCUCUUAUGCUUGCGGAUAGAGAGUUCUAAUUAUAAACACUUUGGGAAAGAAGAAAGGAAUCGAGUUCUUGAAAAUAAUUAACUAACUCAAAAAUAAGUUGAAGAACAUAAAUCACAUAAAGAACUACACCUAGAAGGAAUCUUUCUUGAGUAUGUUUAGAAUAUUGGGGAAUAAAUUUUUAAAGAAUGAAGCCAUUAGUUAUAUCUAUCAUUCCAAUAUCUAAUAGAAGAGUUGCCAUCUUAAAAACUUGAAGAUGAUUGAGCAAAACUUAUUGAAGUGCUGA